CGCAUAGUAUCUGUCAGUCAGCAGUGGUCAUGGACAAUGGACGUCGAUAUUCCAAUAAUUUCUUCAAUCGUAAUUUUACGAUUAUUUUAGGCUUUAUCUUCAUAUGUUAAUUAAAUUUUUUAACGCGGUAUCUAAUCUUUGAAGUCUGCAUGAUUGUGAAUUAAUCCGAUAGUGUUUCAGUUCGUAAUGUAAUGAACGAACGUCUUCAAUAAAGCGUAACCGUGAGUUUAGAGACAUAAAUUAUUGUUUCGUUUGAAUUUUUUGCGUCUUUGACAAAUGUGAUUUGGUGCUCGCAAUGGAGGAUUAUAAAUUUCUCUUCAAAGUUGUGUUGGUGGGUAAUGCGGGCGUGGGCAAAACAUGUUUAGUGCGUCGUUUCACUCAAGGACUUUUCCCACCUGGACAAGGUGCCACAAUAGGUGUAGAUUUCAUGAUCAAGACUGUGGAAGUGGACGGUGAGAAAGUGAAGCUACAAAUAUGGGACACAGCAGGUCAGGAGCGGUUCAGAUCAAUCACCCAAAGCUACUACAGAUCAGCGCACGCACUUAUUUUGGUUUAUGACAUAUCUUGCCAGCCCACAUUUGACUGUCUGCCCGACUGGUUACGGGAGAUUGAGGAGUAUGCCAAUAAUAAAGUACUUAGGAUAUUAGUUGGUAACAAAACAGACAGGGAAGACAGGGAGAUCCCGAGGCACAUCGGCGAGGACUUCGCGCAGCGCCACGGGAUGUACUUCCUGGAGACGUCGGCCAAGGAGGCGGAGAAUGUCGAGAGGCUGUUCAUGGAGAUCGCCGUCGAACUCAUGGAGCAAGCGAAAUGCAAGGAACUGCCAAAGUACGACGGCAGCCUGGGCCCCAUCAACGGUAAGACCACGUCAGUCGGCGACAGCGGGUGCUGCCUCCGCUAAACAACGAAUUUAUCUUGAUGAUGUCGUGAUUGUCAUUCUUGCAUUCUGAGACGCAUUCAAACAAACGUAGGAAAAAUGAAAAGUAAAGGUCCGUUUAUAUCUACAGAUACUGCGCGUGCCAGACACAUGCCAAAAUCGUUCAGACAAAAUUUGGUGUCUGCUACGGCACGUGUCUGGCAAGCUCAAUGUCUGUAGAUAUAAAUGGACCUUAAUGGGAACUUGUAGACCAAGUUUUUAACAAAGCGGAAAGAAGAAGAGAUAACUGAUGAGUAUGAAUAACCAAUCUCAUUUCCGAACGAAGCUGAGCUCAAAUCUGAUUGGUUAUUCAAAGACAACUCCUUUCCGCUUUGGUGGAAGCCGGGCCUUAGUGAGGACGAUUUGUAGUGCCAGUAUAUCUUUUACAUAAUCAGUCGACCUUAAUAAUGCAUGAGUGACUUUUUUUUAACUAUUUGUUCAAAUGAAUCUCAGGUCUGAGUUUGUAUUAUGCGUCUUAGAAUACAAGUUCUAUGAGUACCUAGUAAUGUGUACUGCGCUGUGGUAUUUUUAUAGGGGAUCAUUUGUUAUAGGAUUUUAUAUGUAAUUUCUUUAAGCUUUCAAUUUCAAGUAGUUUGGCGUUAAUUGAGUUGUCCGUUGUGUGAAUCCUAAAACAUUUUUCUUCACUUUUUCUUCCUUCUAGUUGUACUAAAGUAUAAAACAGCGACGUGAAUAAUAAUGCAAUUAUUAGAAAAAAGAAAGGUUGUACUUGUUAUAAAAUAGUAUAUCGGAAGGAGCAAUGAACCUAUUACGUAAAAUUAAAAAUUAAGAACCAGUAGUACAUACCAGUUUAUAAACUUAUUUAGUGAGUAAGCAUUAAAUAAAUGCUUUGUUAAUCUUAGGAGGGAUUAGUUGAUCAAUGAUGUGACUUAUGUGAUUAUCUUGAUCUUAAAAUCUGACAUCUAAAACGUAAUGCUAUCCUAUGAAUUUAAUAAAAAUUUAAGUGGGAUAAAAUGCCUUUACAUGUCAGUUUUAAGAUCAGAAAUGAUGAAUUACUGUAUUAAUCGGAGACUGAACGUAAACGGCGAUCUCUUUAUAAAAAUACCAUGUUUAUAGAAAUUGUAUUUAGUAGUAUUUGAAAUCAUUCCACUCGCUUUAAGGGCUGUCGUGGCGUUGCAACAUCGCAGUUAUAAGUAUUAAGCUUUUUCUACAACUCAUUUUUAAAAUAGGUAUCAAUUUUGUAGGGUACCUGCACAUUUUAAGCAUUGUUUUCAUCAGAUGCAUAGUGUUCAGAUAUUGGUGUAAGUCGCUAUGAAUAACUGCAAAAAGAUUGUGGUUUUCAUUUGAAAUAAUGAACAUUCAAAGAUAUUAUAAUUUUAUAAUCUAUUGACCGGCUAAUCAUUUACUAUUUAUCUUAUCCCUUUCGGUGUUUUAUCGGUUUUUAUCAAGUAAGUUCUAAGUUUUAUAAUUUUAGACGGGACUGCGUUCAUGUCAAUAAUUAAAUUUAUAUUCGUCUACUAGCUAGUGGGACCAUAGCCGUAGUUCAUCGUUUGCAUAUCAAUAGUUGUAGAGAUUUUGAGACCAAUUUAGGCUACUUGUUUUUCUAUAAGAUGUGUAGUAUUUGUACAUAGAUAGUUAUGCAUUGAAAGCAAUCAAAUGACAUGGGAUAUGUUUGAAUCUGUUUGUAGCGUUAUACAGAAUACUGUAGUAGGUACUUUUAAAUGCGUCCCAGCUUCCUAAAAAACAGAAUAUAAUUUAGCUAUCCCAAAAUUAUCAAGCGCUAAUAUCUCCGUAUGCGAAAGAUUUUUUACGGAAGGACUUGUUUGGAGUUUCAUAUAAUCUCAUCAUGGUCAAACCAAACAUGUAGUCCACCACCUACACAAAACGCUUCUAGAAUACAAUGUUCCCAUAGAAAACAACAGCGUGUCUUAUAUGGAGCGACGAGUGUCCUACCAUAAAUGGACAUGAUAUACUUGACCAUGCGCUUGCGCAUACAAAACGCGCAUGCGGUGUUGCAAUGUCACGAAUAAGUUAAAAUUUGCUGUUGCAAUUUUCGUUUUAAUUAAUUAAAUUAUACAUCAUUUAGUGUAUUGCAUAGGACGUAACAAAUUGGCCAUGUAUAAUUCACGUCUCGCUAGCACACAGUCGUAAGGAGUGUGAGCAAGCGAGAGGUGAGAUAAAAGCCAAAUUAUAUUUCCUAGACUACUUUUCGCCUCGUGGAAUGGUUAGAGCAUUAAAGAAUACCUAUAUGUUUUUUGUAGUUCGAGUCAGUAAUUUGACAUGACCAUCAUGGUGAUGACUAAUUUUCUCACUUGAUUUUGAAUGUGAAUGACUAAAGAAAUACAUUUCAAAAUUGAUUGAGAAAUUAAGUAUUUCAGAGUAGGAUGAUCUGAUAUUUUUUUAUGAAAUACCUAUUGCUGACUCGAGUUAUAAAUCAGAGUUUAGGUUGUAUGCUUACUGAGAGUAUUUUGUAGAAGUUUCAUUCCAUCGUAGUGACACAUAGGAUUUGUCCCUUCGACCUCGAUGCGUUCGACAAUGUAUAGUUUAGUGAAUAGAAUAAGGGUUGAAGGGACGCCGCCUUACUAUGAAUGAAUUAAUGGUAUACAACGGAAUUUAACUGUUAAUGCGUGCGAAUACUGAUAUACAUUUUCUACACAUUACUUACUCAAAUUACAUUUUACAUUCAAGCCCAAUUCCACAACCGGCCAUUAAUGGAAACAUUUAUUAUCGGCUAAUGUUUUAAUCAAUAAUUCAAUAUUGAUUAAUUGGUUUUAGUAACAACUCCACAUUUUGACCCGAUUCUAAAAAAUAAAUAGAAAAUAUUAUUCAAGAAUCAAUAUUUUUUUUUAUUGAAAAUAUAUUUUUAUAAUCUAUUAUGCCAGCAUAUCACUAUCUUUUAGCACCAGCCUAUAUGUUAUGUUGUCCUGAAGUGGUGGUUAGGUGGUGGUUAGGGUAGGGCCUGCUAUUUGGGACGUGUAUUAAGCGCCCUGUAAAGUUAAUAAAAGAUUUGUAUUUCUAUGUAAUUGAGCAGUAUGUGUGAAGAAUGCGUCUCAGCAUUCGCGCCAAUGUAUUUUUACCGUAACCUCUGCUUGCCUGUGAACUUUAAACAUGUUAAUGUUACUUGCAUAUUUUGUUAUAACUGUUUUUAACGUUAUGCCUUUCCAGUGGUUGUUUUUGAUUAAAUCAUGGAUGUUUGUAAUGUGUUGUAUUGUAUGUAUUGUCGGAUUAUUAAUUCGAGGUUUCAAAAUGUGUACCAAUGUGAUAAAUCAUUAUUAUUAUUUAUUAUCAUUGAAAUCAGAGUUUUAGAGGGUAUACUAUUUACUUCUUGUUUUUUUUUUAUGAAUCGAUUUUUCAUUACCGUGGUCGGUGGGCACUGUGCAAAAUAAAUAUGGUAUCAUCUACACAUUUGAAAUCACGCAUUAAAAAUCCUCAAAGUAUUUAUAGUUAUAAAAUAAUCGUUGUCGAAAUGAUCAUAAGAUGUAGUACAUUAUAAUAAGUGUGCUUAGUUGGUCAUUACAUUCGAGGCAGGAAUGCAUUUGCAGCUGCCAAACGCGAGGGUGUAAUUAAUCUGAGAGUGUAAUUACUGAUGCGCACGCGUUGAAACGACGUUUUUCAACACAUUUGUGAGGAAAAUAAUACUUUCCUUUACUUUUCUCAAUUAAUAAUUGUCAAAAAAUGGCGCGCAGAUGUUUUCGCGCAACGACCUGUCAUAAUAUAAGUUAUUAUACAGCGUGCGUCAUAAUAAAUGAGAUGGCGCUGAUGCUUGAUCAGCCUAAUGUAAGAAAAAUAUUCAAAAACAGAUAUCAUAAAUUCAAUCAUUCAUUUUGAUAAAGGCAUUCAUUCAAAAUAUUUGCUACCUUUUUGACAAAAGCAUCUAAAAAUUUAAUAUUUUUAAAAGAUUUUCAAUAUCACACCACUUUUACGAGCAAGUGUGUUGAAAAACAGUGGAAAUUAUUCGUUUGGUCGAGUUUCCUUCAUAACACUGUUUGGUACCUAAUUUUAUAAUAAUAAUUUGCAUUGCCUGAUUCUACGUUUAAUUUGUAUUAUAAUAAUUAUUAAUGUUAAUAUUUGAAUAGAAUCACAUUUUAUUUAUAAUGAAAAUUAAUAUACAUACUUUCUUUUUUAAUCUACCUACGUGAUAGUAUUUUGGUAAGCAAAUUGUUAAUUUUAAAUUAGUGUUUAAUUCGUAUUUAUUAUUGUUUUUAGGUGUCUAUUUUGGGAAUUUAUAUUGUACGGUUUUCAUCUUAGCAUCACAAUUAACUUUUAAAGCACUUUGAUGUGAGAUUGUUUUUAUAUUUUUUUAUAGUUGAAUUUCUUCAUGUUGAUUAUUUUAAUGUUGUGCAAUACAUUGUAUACUUAUUUUUUAUGCUGUUGAUACGCCUAGGCGCCGGUUACCGACUUUUAGUUGGCCGAUAUUUGGGUCGGGCUUUUAAUAAGUAUGGGCAUGUAUGAAAGUGCACACAUUACCUACACCGAUUUGGUAUCGGCCGAUUCUUCAUACAAAUAAGAAUCGGGCCCAACUAUCGGCCAACUAAAAGUCGGUGGUCUGCGCUUAGGCUAGAGGUUCCUUGAUAAUCGCAAGAAGAUACAAUACAGAUAUCACCAAGGUACGGGAAAUCUUGCUUAGAAAUAAAAUUAAAUAAAUCGACCCGUAUGUGGCGUGGCAAGGAUUACCAGGAGCCCUAGACAAGUGGCACUAUUUGAUCGCUCUGAAAGUCAAAUACCUUUACAGAGCAAAGUAACUGCAUAAAUGUUGCAAUGCAUGAAAUUAUAAGUGUUAAUUUAACAGCGUUUUGCCACUUGUUUGGGGGACAGAUCUCAUCGAGCCUUUAGUCUCAACAUUUUCAAAAUUAUGCCAUUGUAGACUGUAUUAUGUGCAAUGUAAGGAAGUAAGGCGUAUUGAACAGUAGCUCCGGACUCAUAUUGGAUCUGAAAAUAUUAACCUACCUUAAUAAAUAAUGUUUCCUGAUAUAAUGUAAAAUUAAUUCUCACCAAAGAAACGGAAUUAUUGUAAUACUCGCAUAAAUAAAUGAUCACUUUGGAUA